UCGGAUACAGUACAGGUUUAAACCGGUUUAAAGCUCCCGGGGGCGGCUAACCGAGCAGCCAGCGCUAGCAGCUAACCCUAGCUAGCAGCUCCUCUGAGGCGUUCUGAAGAUCUGUCAUCUAAGAGAUGACUAUACCAUCAGCAAGGAGGAGCUAAGGGAUAACGAGAUGUCUGAGAACCAAGGCCCCGGGAACAACGUUCCUCUGAACAACAACCGGCUGAGGAACCCCAACAUCAACCAGAACCCCCUCAUCAACGUCCGAGACCGCCUCUUCCACGCGCUGUUCUUCAAGAUGGCGGUGACCUACGCGCGGCUGUUCCCGCCCUCCUUCAGGAGGGUGUUUGAGUUCUUCGUCCUGCUGAAGGCUCUCUUUGUGCUCUUCAUCCUGGCCUACAUCCACAUCGUCUUCUCCCGCUCACCCAUCCGCUGCCUGGAGGCGGUGCGGGAGGAGUGGCCCCGCGACGGCGUCCUGCGGGUGGAGAUCCAGAGGAACUCCACCCGGGCCCCCGUGCUGCUGAUGGGGCGGGGCCAGGAGGAGGAGCCGGGCACAGGGGGCGGAGUCUUCACACUGCAGCCGGGCGGCGAGGAGGAGGAGGAGGAGGAGAUGACUCUGGAGAUGUUUGACAACAGCUCGGUGAAGUUCCAGCUGGACAUCGAACCCCGACUGAAGCCCACGCUGAGCGGAGGGGGCGGGGCUAACGGCAGCCAGGACCUGUCAUUCAGCCAGGCUCCUGCUAAAGUCUGGCCCCAGGAGGAGUACAUCGUGGAGUAUUCUCUGGAGUACGGGUUCCUGCGUCUGUCCCAGAACACCAGACAGAGACUCAGCAUCCCGGUGAUGGUGGUGACGCUCGACCCCAUGAAGGAUCAGUGUUUUGGGGACAGCUUCAGUCGGUUUCUUCUGGAUGAGUUCCUGGGAUACGACGACAUCCUGAUGUCCAGUGUCAAGGCCCUGGCAGAGAACGAGGAGAACAAAGGGUUCCUGAGGAACGUGGUUUCCGGGGAACACUACAGAUUCGUCAGCAUGUGGAUGGCCCGGACCUCCUACCUGGCGGCCUUCCUCAUCAUGGUCAUCUUUACCUUGUCCGUCUCCAUGCUGCUGAGAUAUUCCCACCAUCAAAUCUUCGUGUUCAUAGUGGACCUGCUCCAGAUGUUGGAGAUGAACAUGACCAUCGCCUUCCCCGCGGCUCCUCUGCUCACCGUCAUCCUGGCCCUCGUUGGCAUGGAGGCCAUCAUGUCGGAGUUCUUCAAUGACACGACCACAGCGUUCUACAUCAUCCUCAUCGUGUGGUUGGCCGAUCAGUACGACGCCAUCUGCUGCCAUACCAACACCAGCAAACGACAUUGGCUGAGGUUCUUCUACCUGUACCACUUUGCCUUCUACGCGUACCACUACCGCUUCAACGGGCAGUACAGCAGCCUGGCACUGGUCACCUCCUGGCUCUUCAUCCAGCACUCCAUGAUCUACUUCUUCCACCACUACGAGCUUCCUGCCAUCCUGCAGCAGAUCCGCAUCCAGGAGCUGCUGCUGCAGAACCAGCAGGCGGGCGCGGCCAACCAGACCGCCCUGCAGGACAACCUCAACAACAACACGCACCCCGCCCCCCCGCCCCCCGGGGCCGCCCCGCCCCCCGGGGCCGCCCCGCCCGCGGCCCCCGCCCCCCUCCAGCCCGCAGCCCCCGGCCCCGCCCCCCCAGGGCUGGACUGGGUCGCCCAGACGGCCGCAAUCAUCACAGAGGUUCUCAACUCCUCUGGCCCCACCCACCACCCACCAAGCCCCGCCCACAGCCCACCUAGCCCCGCCCACAACCCAGCAGGUCUCGGGGACAGGGGGGCGGGGUCAGAGUUCGGGAUGGGGGAGGGAGGAGGAGGGUCAGAAGAUAAAAGUGUAGGCGGAGCUAGUAGCAGCACAGAGCUGUCAACCCCGUCACCAUGCCCUAGUCCUCCAAUAGGAGAGCCUUUAAGCAUAAGCCCCUCCCCUCAACCCACAGACUGGCUGGCCACGCCCCCACAGGCCACACCCCUCAGACAAAGCUCUGCCACAGACAAUGACCAGACGGAGACCCCCGCCCUCUCCUGAUCAAACACGUGCACACGUACGCACACGUACACACACGUACACACGUGACGCUGGGAUGCCCCUGUCCUCCCCCCUGUUGCCAUGGUGAGGAGUUUGUUGGAAUCGGACUGGCCACCACUUGUAUAGUGGCCUUUGCAAAUCAUUCUGGGAAAUGGAGUGCCUAGGUGUCGCUGUGUGUAGCCGUUAGCUUAGCAUGACAGGCAGAGCUACCCUCAUACACUAAAGGGUCAGUGAAUGUCUAUCGCCACACCCAUAUGCUCCUGUAGGCCUGUUGCCAUAGAGACGAGGUGCCCGUCGUCGUGGAGACGAGUCACAAAGUCUCCCAUCAUUAAAAUAUAUGAAACCGAUUCUUGCUGGUCCCGCGAUGAUGUGGUGCCUGAAGUACUACCACUCACCUAGUACUUCCUGGCUCUGUGGUGGUACUACCUGGCUCUGUGGUAGUACUACUCUUAAUGUAUUCUGAUUAUUUACUCCAGUAAACGUGUGCCGAUCGCCUUAUCUGCACUCAAAUGUC